AUGUUCAGUGGAUCAUAUGAGAGAAGGCUGCUGCAGCAGUGCAGCCCUGUGAGCAGGAGACAGUCAGUGUUUGUCAGGCCUGAACCUAUGGACAGAUUUAUUCCAUGCAGAUUGGAAAAUAAUUGGCGAACAAGUUUUCAAGCUAUCCUAUGCGGCAAUGAAAAUCAACCAGCCAAGAAGCCUCGCAGUGAUGGUAGUAAUGACGGUGCUGGGGGUGGUCGUGAUCACCUCGCAUACGAUUGCCUUCUUCGUAAUGAACUCUUGGAUGCUGACAUCGAGGAGCUUAGAACACCGCCGACGAACUACGCAGAUGGGAACAAAUCAGCUCUAGGGUCAUUGCAAGUGUCACCAGCAACCAAGUGCAAGCCAGUAUUCAGAUUCAGAGCUCCAGUACACAGCGCUGAGGAAAACAUCGACCCAUCGCCCUACAGCCUGUCGCCAGUUUCAGCUAAAUCCCAGAAACUACUCCGAUCACCGAGGAAAGCAACGAGGAAAAUAUCACGUAUACCAUUCAAAGUCCUAGACGCUCCGGAAUUGCAAGACGACUUCUACUUGAACCUAGUCGACUGGUCCAUACAGAAUGUACUCAGCGUGGGACUGGGCAGCUGUGUGUAUCUAUGGAGCGCAUGUACCAGCCAGGUCACACGUCUCUGUGAUCUAUCCUCGGAAGGUAAUGCUGUCACUUCAGUGGCAUGGAGUGAGCGUGGUCAUCUGGUAGCUGUUGGGACACAGAAAGGUCACAUUAGUGUAUGGGAUGUAGCUGUUAAUAAGGAGGUAACUAAACUCCAAGGCCAUAUAGCUCGGGUUGGAGCGUUGGCGUGGAACGGUGAUGUACUUAGCUCUGGCUCCCGAGAUCGACAUAUACGGCAAAGGGACACUAGAACUCCACCUAUUCAAGCUGCUAGAGUUCUGCAGGGACAUAGACAGGAGGUCUGCGGUCUGAAAUGGUCACCAGACGGACAAUCACUGGCCUCCGGUGGAAAUGAUAACAAACUAUUUGUAUGGUCUAUGCACUCAACAUCCCCCGUUCAGACGUAUUCGUCCCACGUGGCAGCUGUAAAGGCGAUCGCGUGGUCUCCACACCAACAUGGUCUACUCGCGUCAGGUGGAGGGACCGCUGAUAGGUGUAUAAGGUUCUGGAACACGCUCACUACACAACCGAUGCAGUGUGUUGAUACAGGAUCACAAGUCUGUAAUCUUGCGUGGUCGAAACAUUCAAGUGAGUUGGUGUCGACACACGGUUAUUCACAAAAUCAAAUACUUGUCUGGAAAUAUCCAUCGCUUACUCAGGUCGCCAAACUGACGGGUCAUUCAUACAGAGUUCUCUACCUGGCUUUGUCUCCUGAUGGCGAGGCUAUAGUCACCGGCGCUGGUGACGAAACAUUAAGAUUUUGGAAUGUGUUCUCUAAAAUACCAUCACACAAGGAAAAUAAGAGUGUUUUAAAUCUAUACACGGCACUCAGAUAA